AUGUCACCUCGGUUUCUAUUCGUCAACAAGGACGCCGGUAGCGCAUCCUUGACUCGCAGUAACGCCUCCGAGCAAUCGUCCAUUAAUUCCCAUGUUCAGCGCGGUCGGAAACACAACCGUUCCGGAUCCAACCGUGGCCGCUACAACCACCAAUUCAGGCAAAGCUUUAUCAGAGAGGAAUCCAACACUUCAACCGACUCGUCUAAGACAAGUUUGACUAGCACAGACGGCGACUCUUCCUACUCAGCCGCGAAUCAAGAGUCCAGCGAGGAGCGCGACGCCAUUGCAACAACCCUGCCUUCUCAUCCUCGUCAUACGAGGCGUGUUUCGCGUGCUCAUCCCCAAAAGCCACGCCUACCAAAGAACUCAGUUGCGGGCGUCGAUGUGUCCGAGAGGUACGAGCUGGCCAAACAGUCGGCCGCCAAAGGAUCAUCAGCUGUGCUCCUGAAUUUUGCCGAGAAUAGCAAGCAGAUUGCGGAUUCUCCGGCGGAUAUUACCCAGGUCAUCAGCGAUUCUCUGGACCCUUUUGGCCAGUCAGUGGUCAAGCUUGAUCCUCAUGUCGCCAAAUUGUGCUCAUAUUUCUGCGAAAAAUAUCAUCCUAGUGUAUGGGAUGCAGAGAGCAGGACGUCUCCCGGAGGCUCGUACACUUAUCAAAACUCUGCACCAGCCGUGAUCCGACGUGCAAUGCAAAAUGAGGUGGAGAUGAAUGCAAUUCUUGCCUGUAUGGCAGCCAGGAUCGAGAAUGUGGACCUGAUUCCGGGCCAAGGCACUGAUAAGUACAUGGGAAACGCCCUCACGGCCGUGCGGCGGCGCUUCAGCUCCGCCUCGAAGCAUCAGCUUCUUUUGAUUAUCUUCCACCUCUAUGCGGGUGAAGCCUAUCGGCAGAACUAUGCAGCAGCCAAGAUCCACAUGCGAGCAGCAAAGGCACUGUUCGCUUCAUGGGGUGGGCUUGGCCAGGUUCCCGAUCCCUGUGUGAAGGAACUCUUCAUCAUAGGUGAUGGCCACAUGUCUGCCGUUCUCCUGGAGCCAUGCGAUCUACCGUGCGAAUAUGACCCCGGACCUUACUGGACUGUCACCCCGCCGGCUCUUCAAUUAGCGGCUGAACCGAACCUCAGCAGUAUCGCACCGGCCUUGCAGGCGAAGAUAGCUGGUGGCUAUUUCCCAGAUGAGCUAGCAGAGAUUGUCAAGGAGACGGUCGAAUGCGUCUGGGUUUUGACGAACGCGGCCGCGGGUUCGGUAGAGGCCACCAAAAACGCAGCGAGAUGGGUCCAAUGGCGGCACGCCGCUAUAAGAUAUCGCCUGCUUGCCAUGAAAUUCUCGAACACUUGCCAUGAGGCCCUACGGGUUGCUCUGCUUAUGUGGAUCCUUACGACUAUGGUCGUGCUGGGUUUGCGAAGAUUGGGAUAUUUGAUUGCUCCCAAACUGCAAGCAAUCCUGCAGCGUCAGAGUAAUGCCCAGACUGAAUGGGUCGGAGUCACUGAUGUCAAAAUUUGGAUUCUCAGCGUUGGGGCCAUGUGUUCAGCUGUUGAUAGUGAAGUGGAAGACUGGUUUCUUGAAGAACUCUUCAAGACUGGCCUGGGGAAACUUGUGCGGAAAGCUCAGUCGACUCAUCCCGACCUGGAUAGCUUCGAGGUCUUGAAGACUUUUCAAGAGAAGUUCUUCUAUCAUGACCCUGUCCAACACCUCAGACUGAAAAGGCUCGCCUAUCUGGUCGACGGCCGCAUGCGGAACGCAGGAUUGGACAGCAACCCGGCUGAACCAAUCAACAGGUCAGUCCCGAUAUCUACAUGA